GAACUGAUUAUGCGUAAACGUCCACUCAGUGUCACCCUAGCGGUCACCAAGGGUAAAGUCCCACAAUUACUAGCGGAAAAAGACACUACGAAGAAAACUCCGCGUGAUAAAAGAAAUCUCUACCUCGCCAAGGAAGGCGUGAUUAUGCCGGGAACCGAAGCUGCUGCUGGAUUGUCGAAAAGUGAUCUUCAAAAACGACAGAAGGCGGAAGAAGAGAAGAAAGUGAAACUUAAAAUGCCACACUUCAUUGUAUCCAAAACAAGGUGAGGUCAGAGGCGUAGCCACGGGGAGGAGGGAGGGGGUCCGGACCGCCCACUUUUCUUUAGGACAAAUUUUGAGAUUCAAAACUGAGGAGAAAAUCUCUACAGAGUACACGCGUAAAAAUCUCACAUCUUGUAGCAAUUCUGUCAACAAGCCGUCAACAGGCUGUGUUCGUACUGCUUGUCACAAGUUGUCAACAAGUUUGGAAGAAGCUGUUAACAAUUUGUAACAACUUUGUUGAUAUUAUCAGGCUUGUUACAAGGUUGUUCCAACAAGUGCGAUACAGUCAUGAUAUAGCAGUAUUGUUACAACCUUGUGUCGUCAUCCUUGUAACAUUCUUGUUAUAUCAUAACUGUAUAUCAGACUUGUUAGAACAACCUUGUGACAAAUCUGAUGCCAUUAAGCUUACAACAACUGGGAACAAGCAGUGCGAAGACAACUUGUUGCCAGCUUGUGAACAGAUUUGUAACAACUUGUGCGUUUUUACGUGUGUAGCUAUUUGGGGCUGGCUACACCCCUGGGUGAGGUUUAAUUGUUUUGCCACUGGACUAAACUUACCCCAUAUUCAUUCCGUUUCAGGCUAUGUUUCCGUAACCUUCCGUUGCACAUCGACGACAAAAAGCUCUCCGAGGUGCUACGAACCGUGUGCGAUGGUAAACCGAAGACUGUCGGAAAAGUAAGAAUCAUGCGAAACAUGGAAAGAGUGGAUAGCUCAGGGCUCGGUAGAUCAAAAGGGUUUGGAUUUGCCGAAUUCAAGGGCCACGACGACGCAUUGGACGUACUGCGAGCAACGAAUAACAAUCCCGCGAUUUUUGGUGCGGACCGAAGACCCAUUGUUGAAUUUGCUAUCGAAAACAGUUUGAUAUUACAACGCUUAGAACAGCGAAAAACUAAAAACUUGCAAAAAGUUCAGCCCAGGGAAUCGAAUAGCGAGAUGAAGACCGAGAAAAACAAAAGGAAACGCGAAAGGAGUGAAAAUAGGAAACGAAAACGUGUUAGGAAAGAUGAGAAUGCAAAUGAAAGUGUUGAUAAAUCUGUGAAAACGACAGAAACUGUUAGUUCUAAUGUGGAUUCAAGUAACAAAUUAGAGAAAAAUUGGUAUGUUUCUAAAUUUAACGGUUUAAAGAAAAAACAGGGCAGAAACAUGGUAAAGCAGAAAGGAGUAGCGAGUAAAAGUCAAGAUUUCGACCCAAACACGAAAAACAGUGACAAAUUAAAUUCGAGAUCAAAGCACAAGGGAAAGGCUGAUUGGGAAGAGGAGAAAUUUAAUCAAAUCGUGGAGAAAUACAAGACAAAACUAUUUGGGGAAAAUACUAAACAGCUAAAGGCGUCUCGAUGGUUUGACGCCUAAUAUCUAAUGGUAUUUUAGAGUUUAAACACAUAUUGUCGAGCAUAUUGUAAUGAAUCUUUGAAAUAAAAGCACUAGUAAAGCGUGCAGUCCGGUAUCAGAUCUGUUCAGAAACUCAGAAGGGUGUUAAUACUUGCGCAUCAUACUCGCUGGGGCUGGCACGGUUAACCAGGAUGAUUUUUUUAACAAAAGCUCUUAUCACGGCUCUGAUGAACAUCCAAAAUGAC